AUGAAAUGUAGCGAUGAGCACACUCUGUGACUACAGAAAAUACAAGAAAUGCACGAGUUUGAAGCAUGUAUAUACUUACAAUGCGUUUAUCGUUGAAAUCGCCUGACUAUAAAUAAAUAUAAGUAUUAAAUCUUCGCCUUACUAAAUUGUGCGUGUCUAUUUCGUACCAAAAUUAAAACAGUGAAGAUUAGCAAAGGCUCCUACGCAAGGACUGUCAUUAAGUUAUCAAACAUGCAGCGGUUGAGCAACCGUUUGACCGUUCGCGCGAAUUUCUGCCGGAGAUGUUACUGUUCUUCCGUAAAAUCGAACAACGAUCAAAGAUUGAUUUCCCCGCAACGUAUAACAUAGAGAACGUGGAGCAAAGGUACAAUGUGUGGCAGCAAAACAAGUACUUCGCCUCUUCGAGGGAGAGAGCCAGCGACAGCGACAGGAAGGAUUCCUUCACCAUGAUUUUGCCACCCCCUAAUAUCACAGGGGUGUUACACUUGGGUCACGCUCUCACCGCCACCGUCCAGGAUGUCUUGGCCAGAUGGUACAGGAUGAGAGGUUACUCAGUGCUGUGGAUACCAGGUCUGGACCAUGCUGGUAUCGCCACGCAGGUCGUCGUGGAGAAACACUUGCGUCACACGCGGAAUCUGUCGCGUCUCGACUUGACCAGGGAGGAAUUCACGUCGCUGGUCUGGCGAUGGAAAGCGGACAAGGCCGGGACGAUCCGGGAUCAGCUGAAGAUGCUGGGCGCCAGUCUCGACUGGGACCGGGAGUACUUUACCGUCGACCAGCGUCACAGCGCGGCGGUGACGGAAGCUUUCGUGCGGUUGCAUGAGCGAGGCCUGUUGUAUAGGGGCUGCGACUUCGUCAACUGGUCGCCCUCGUUGCGCAGCACCGUCAGCGAAAUCGAGGUGGUGGACGUGGCUGUUCGCGGAAGCACCAAGCUCAGUGUGCCCGGCUACCGAAACAAAGUGACUUUCGGCCGUAUGAUGAAGUUGGCCUAUCCCGUGGAAGACUCCGAGGAGGAGUUGAUAGUGGCGACGACCAGGCCGGAGACUAUAUUCGGUGACGUGGCUCUCGCCGUGCAUCCGGACGACGAGAGAUACGCGAGGUACAUCGGCCGGCGUGUUACGCACCCUGUCAGAAACGUUCCCAUCCCCAUCGUGGCCGACUCCGCGGUCAGGAAGGAUUUCGGCACCGGCGUGCUGAAAAUUACGCCGGCGCACGAUCGCAGGGACCACGGCAUCGCCAAGAAGCACAAUCUGCCUCUCAUCGGCGUCAUCAACGAGGACGGUAACAUGACAGAUGUCUGCAAGGGUUUCGAGGGAUUACCGAGAUUCGACGCCAGGGAGAAGUUAAUGCACGAAUUGUUCGUUCGAGGAGUUCUACGGGACGUGAACAACGAGCACAGCGUGAUGCUGCCGCGCUGCUCGCGCUCGCAGGACAUCGUCGAGCAACUGUUGAAGGAACAGUGGUUCGUGAAAUGCGACGAAAUGGCUAAGAACGCCGUCGACGCGCUGGAGAACGAAUCGCUGAGGAUCGUGCCCGACGUGCACGAGCAACAGUGGCGAGACUGGCUCGGUAAUAUCAGGGAUUGGUGCGUGUCGAGGCAGUUGUGGUGGGGCCACCAGAUCCCGGCGUAUUCCGUAGUCUGUGACGGCUCGUGGAUAGUUGCACGUUCUGAGGAAGAGGCUCAUUCGAUAGCCAGGAGGAAAUAUGGAGACGCCGUGGAACUCCGUCGAGACGGAGACGUCCUCGACACGUGGUUCUCCUCGGCGAUCGUGCCGUUCGCCACGCUCGGCUGGCCUGAAGAUACGCAGGACAUGGCGAAGUACUACCCGUUGUCUCUGAUGGAGACCGGCCACGACAUCCUCAUGCUCUGGGUAGCAAGGAUGGUGAUGCUGGGCCUGGAGCUGACGCAACGUUUGCCCUUCAAGGAGGUAUUGCUGCACGGAGUUCUGUGCGACGCCAACGGCAGGAAGAUGUCCAAGAGCUCCGGCAACGUUAUCUCGCCGGAGAGCAUUAUCAACGGCUGCAGCCUGGAAGAGUUGAACGCGCAAGCGACGCGCAGCCACGAGGCCGGCAUCCUCAGCGCCGACGAGCUGCGUCGGACGCUUCGUGUCAACGCCAAGUCUUACCCCGAAGGGAUAAUCGACUGCGGCGUAGACGCUCUCAGGAUGGCACUGUGCAGUCGUAACAUCAAAAAUCAUAAUGUCAGUUUCGAUAUAGCAGACUGCCGGACGUAUAAGAACCUGUGCAACAAAAUCUGGCAGGCGAGUAAGUACAUGUUGCUGAUGGUGAACGAGGACCGAGAAGGAAACGAAGAUACGGAAAAUCUGAGCAAUCUGGACCGGUGGAUCCUCAGCCGAUUGUCCCAAACGGUGGAGACGGUGAACACGGCGUUCGCCGAGCGGGAUUUCUACAAGGCUGCCUUCGCGAUUCGUCAAUUCCUGCAUUACGAAUUUUGCGACUUCUACUUGGAGGGGACGAAGUUUGGUUUCAGAGAUGGCGACGCGAGAGUCGCAUCCGGUCACUCGUACACCCUGAAGAGGUGUCUCGAGGUGUCCCUGAGGCUCUUCGCUCCUCUCGUACCUUACCUGGCGGACGAUCUGUACACCAGACUCGCCAAGAAGCUGCCGAUGUCCUUCCUGCAAGUGUCCUCGUUGCUGGAGGCUGAAUAUCCCGAGUUCGAGGAGUUUGAGCAUUUGAGGAACGUUUCGUUGGAGGAGGACUUCCAGAAGAUCAUCGACCUGAUCGACGCGAUCAGAACCUGCAUGGCGAAUGUGAGCAAAAAGUUACAUCCGGAAGUUAAUAUUCUGACCGGAGACGCGCGGGACUACGAUCUGUACAAGGACAACGUAAACUUAAUCAAAGGAGUAAGCAGAAUAUGGAACGUGCCUAUUCACUUGACGAGAGACUGCGAAAUGGCGAGGAAGGAUAACCACGACGAAAUCCGAUAUGUUCACACGGACGACUGCUCGUUGCACAUCGCAAUUGCGGACGCGUCGGCGACGAAACAAAUAAAGAGAAACAUCGAGAGAAAACGAGACCCCAAUACGGAAAAGCCGAAGGCCUCCCCGAAAUUGAAGCAACAAGAGAUCUAAUUCGAAAGUUGUAUAAUUGUCAUUGUACCGUGUGAUUAAUAAGUAAACAAGAUCUAUUUGUA